GGAAGGGGGCUUCUUCGCGCGCCCCGCAGAGGCCGAGCGCAAGCGGGCGAGGCCGAGGCGUCGUCGCCGCCGCCAUGGAGGACCCGCUGCUGUCGACGGCGCCCAUCAACCCCAACAACUUCCCGGCCAAGCUGUGGCGGCUGGUGAACAGCCCGCGCUUCCGCUCCAUCCGCUGGGACGCCCGCGGGGAGGGGCUGCUCAUCGACCAGCCCUUGUUCGAGGCCGAGCUGCUGGGCGCCGGGGGGGCGGCGGCCGUUGCCGGGGGAGGCGGGCCGGGCGGCGACGCCGCGGCCGCUUCGGCCUCGCCUUCCUCCUCCUCGUCCUCCGGCGGCGUCCCCUCGGCGCCUCAGGCCUCGCCGGAGCUCUUCAAGACCACCAACUUCACCAGCUUCAUCCGGCAGCUCAACCUGUACGGCUUCCGGAAAGUGGUGCUGGGCCCGCCCGGAGGCGGCGGGGGCGGCGGAGGGCCGUCGGGCGGCGGCGGUGGGUCGGCCUCGGCCCCCGGCGGGCCCCUGCACCACUUCCACAGCCCGCACUUCCGCCGCGACCGGCCGGACCUGCUGGUGCACCUCAAGCGCCUGACCAGCGCCAACAAGGCCAAGCUGGCCGCCGGCCUGGAGGUCACCAGCCGGCCGCCCAACCGCUUCCAGCGCCUCCUCAGCACCUCCCUGCACGGCGGGGAGGCCCUCCUGGCCCAGCAGCACAACGCCCCCGCGGGGCAGGCCGCCGCUGCUUCCGCCGGGGCAGGCGCCAAGAGUAGCGACAGCAAGCCCGCGCCACUGACUUUAGGACAGUUUCACCGGUCUUUUCGGCGAGACAGCUUAUCUCCAUACUCAUACCUGUCGCCAUCAUCUCACAACCAAAAUACCUUUCCACUGAAAGGUUCAGAACGGACUCCUCUUCCUCCCAGAACAUGGCAGAACUCCCUUGGGAUGCUCCCAGGGCAGGUGGAGACAUCGACUUUUUCAGACAAAGGAGUUCCAUUUCCUGUGCUCCAGAGGUUUCCAACUGAGGUAACUUACACUCUGCAGCCCAGCGCUACAUCAGUGCACAUUCAGCAAGGGCCACAGACUAUGGCUGCGUCUUCCCAGAAAUAUACCAGUUAUGCAGCUUCAGCACCAUACUCCCAAGCUUACUACCCAACAGCUGUAUUACAAUGUUGCUCUCCACCUACCCAUAUGGAUCCCUUAAGUGGCUGUGCUAGUCCAACAGCCUCAACCUAUACACACUGCAGUUAUUUUCAGAAUCCACCAAUGCAGUCUUCAUACCCUGUUGAAUUUUUGCCUUCUAAUUGGUCUUGCAAUACCAAUGAUGAAAACAAAAAGACAGAAGUCAACUUGGAGGCUGUCUUCCAGAUUGUAGAUGAGAUGCAUUCAUCCCCCAAACUGGAAAUGGUAAAAGUGGAACCAGUGGAGAACCAGUGUCCAACUUCACAGCCAAACCGAGGCCAGCAGUUACUAGUUAAUCCAGGGAACAGUGAUGCACCUUCUUCAGGUCAAGCCAGCCACCUAGAACCUCUGACACCUGUGGGCUCAGAUAUUACAUCUUUUGUGGUGGAAUCAGAUCAAGCUAUAGCAUGCUCCUUGCCACAGUCACCAGAGUUUAUUUACACUAUCCACACCACUGAACCUGUGGAGAGUACUGCAGCACAAAUAGUGCAGCCACCUGCAGCCCCACAGCAGACACCAGCAAAGCUGAAAGAACCUCUGAACCAAUCUUCAGCACAGUCUUCCAUGGUGUUUGUACAGGAGGAAAUUUCUUUCAGUCAGCCACAGGAGGAUCCCAGCAUCAAGUGUCAGGCAAUUCCAUCAGAGACCGUUGUGUCUUCUGAGCAGAUAGGAUUCCUCAUUUCAGAGGUGGGUCCUCUCAGCAAAUGUGCCAAAGAUUCGGUUUCAUCUAUGCAAACCAAAUGCAGAGAAAGAAGGAGCAGCUCACAAAAGGGAAAAUCCCCUGAUCUACAUCUGCUAGUGGAUGUGGCUUGCAAACAAGAGCAUUUUCCAAAGGAAGAAGAAUUAAGGGAGUGAGAACUUGAUGGAAAGUAUGUGCAAAUGCUGAGUAGUGGCCAGCUGGGGAAGAGCAGUGCCUUUCACGCCAGGAGGACUUUGGAGGCUUUUCUGUUGUUAGUAACAAAAUUCUCUCCUCCUAUGCUCAUUUUUGUUUCACAUUUAAAUAAUCCCACCAUUGUGUUUAUUAUACCUCUUUAGUAGGUUUUAAUAAUUUUACUGGUCAAUUUCUCCUGAUUUAUUUGCCCAAAUUACAUACAAGUAGAAAACCUGGUCUCUUGGUAAAUAGGAAAACGUAACACCCUCAGGGAGAUGUCCCAGAUGUGGAAUGUUUCUUGUUUUGCACUGGAACAUAUACACUAUGUUGCAACGAACAGCAACAUCCCGCAUCCCUAGGACUGUUCAGAUUCCAUUUGUGGACCAUUUAAAGGUAGAGGGUUUUUAGAAAACAAAUUGAACACAAAGGAAUUUGAGGUCACAGGAUCUGAGGUCCAAAUGGCUCAUCAAUUAUAGGAAAGGCACUCUGGGAAAGAUGAGCUCAUUUUCUAGGUAUUACACAGGACAUUUUCCUCUUUCUUGCAUUUGUUCCUUUCCAAUAGCAAGUAUUGGCCUUUCUAGGAGUACAGCUGCUGGAUAUUUUAUGUUAAUGGAGCAUUCUUGGGUUUUAAUAAUUUCCUCAUUCUAGAGGCACUUUAUAAUAAAUUGUUAAGGCAACUGUUGUUUUACUAUAUUGCUUAGCUUAAAUAUGUCUUCUCAAGCUAUUUUAACUUGUUCAACAUAAUUGUAUUUAUUGAUAAUAUAUUUUAAAGAGCCAUGUCUUUGUACUGAUAUUUAUUUGUGUUGUAAGUAUAUUAGUAUAUAUGUGUGUGAAUGAUGUAGCACAGUGAGAAUGUGCUUCAAUCUUGUUCACUCAUAUUUUCAGAGUCAGAUUUCUACAACUGUGAAAAAUGCAUAAGAAAGUACUUGAAAAAGCAGAGAGAACAGACAGAUCUGCAACUUAUAGCUCUGUUACAUCCAUUAUCUCCCAGUACCCUUGUGAAUGGCAGGAUGAACCAAGGUCAGAUGUGCAAACUCGGCUGGAGCCUCAAGUCAGACAGAUCUUAAUGUGGUAUCAUUUCCUUCAGAACUGCCAUUACAUAGAUUUCCAGAUAUUCUGAAUAUUUUGAGACGGCCCUCAAUCAGUCUUCUGAGGCCCUGUGUGUCCAUCUAGAAAUCCAGUAUUAUUUUAAGGCAAGCUGUCAAAUAGAGAGGAAAAAUGCCAUUGCAGUUGGGAACAAUAUCUAGCACCAUCUCUGAAAGGCUGGAUUUGAGUGGUAUAUGUUGUGCUCAUGUUGUUGUCUGGACCCAAAAUAGGGCUGCAUACAUACCAAACAUUUAAAGCAUGUGGCUUCUCCCAAAGAAUCCUGGGAACUGUAGUUUGUUAAGAGUGCUGGGAAUUGUAGUUGUGUGAGGGGUAAACUACAUUUCCCAGGAUUCUUGGGGGGAAGCCAUGUGCUUUAAAUGUAUGGUAUAUAUGCAGCCUAGGUUGGCAACUAUUGUUGAGCUUCAAACUAGUGUUGAUCCAUAUUAAUGCAAAUGACGUUUUUUCUUUGCCAUGCCUGCAUAGGAUUAUAGCAAAAUAUCUGCAGUAGUCCUUUUUGAUGAUCAGUAAAGUAAGAGCUUUCACAUGGGUCUGCAGUUUUAACUCUAAAUUAGGAAACGGUUGCAUUUAUUGUCUUUUUCCUGUCUACAGGCUAGUUUUUAAAAGAGGCCAAGGAGCUGGAUCUCCUGCCAUAUUUAUAGGCACAAUUACUUGACUUGACUGACUCUUGAGCAUUUGUAAGAUGACAAAAGAGAAAGGACAUUCACACUGUGUAAAGAAAUCUGCAUAGAAAUCUGCACUAUUGCUGAAACUAAUAAAACUCUCGGGGUAACUCUCCAGAACAGCCUUCUCAGUGUUUCCACCCUUUUAGCCCAGAUG